UGCAUUUGCAGAUGAGGAAACUGAGGCCCGGGGAGAGGACGUGAACGCGCACGUCCCCUCGACACCCCUCGCUGCCCGGCACCAUUCCGCUCGGCUCCGAGCUUGUGACUAAUAAAUAAUCUUCCCCUUCCAUUCAUCAUCUCAUCUGCUCCUCCCGCUGUCCCAAAUCUGAUCGUUUUCCUCCCCGCUUUACAGAAGAGGAAACAAAUCCAAGUUGCAGAGCAGCCCCAGCUUCUCCCGCCAGGCAAUGCAACGACGGGACCUUGACUUGGGACCCCACGAACCUCAGCCUGGGGGUCCUACUGCUGAAGGCAGCCUGGUGGCACAGAAGGAGACCUGGCUCCAAUUCCAGCUCUGCCAUAAGUCUCCCGGGCUCUCCAGUCCCCCUUUACGUGGUGGGAACUCGCUUUCCUCAUCUGCAAAAGGAAGUGGAUGGGCUGCCCCAGCCGUGACUGAAGGCCUUUGUAAAUGUCCCGGGUCCUGGGGCGGUGCUGGAACAGGGAGAAGGAAGGUGCACUAUUUGUUCCCAGACGGGAAGGAAAUGGCCGAAGAAUAUGACGAGAAGACGAGUGAACUACUCGUGAGAAAGUGGCGCGUGAAGAGUGCCCUGGGAGCCUUGGGCCAGUGGCAGCUUGAAGUGGGAGAGCCAGCACCCCCAGGAGCAGGGAGCCUGGGGCCUGAACUCAUCAAGGAAAGCAACGCCAAUCCCAUCUUCAUGCGCAAGGACACCAAGAUGAGUUUCCAGUGGCGAAUUCGGAACCUCCCCUACCCCAAGGACGUCUACAGCAUCUGUGUGGACCAGAAAGAGCGCUGCAUCAUUGUCAGAACGACCAACAAAAAGUAUUACAAGAAGUUCUCCAUUCCCGACCUAGACAGACACCGGCUACCUCUGGAUGAUUCCUCGCUGAGCUUUGCUCAUGCCAACUGCACCCUGAUAAUCUCUUAUCAGAAACCAAAGGAGGUCGUGGUAGCAGAGUCAGAGCUGCAGAAGGAGCUAAAGAAAGUAAAGACCGCCAACAGCAGUGAUGGGGACUGCAAGACCCAGUAGCUGGCUCCAGCACCCCCAGUGAGGUGCUGAGAUACCAGGCUCGGCCAUUCCAGCACCGGCCGCUCUCCUCUAGCAGUGUCACCCAGAGUCUCACAGCCUGGACCCCGGGCCCUCAGCCUGUCAUGCGCUUGUUUUCUGAGUAAAGUCAUUCUGAAUGCCU